AUGGAAUCCAACAACAACCCAGCCAAGACCGCUGCCUCUCAGGUCGCCCAGACUUCAACCUCGAUCAACGACAUGGACAAAGACCAGACUAUCCUCCACGUCAGAGAGGAGACCAGUUCGUUGAUUGACAACGCCAACGAAUGGCAGGCAAAGGUCAAUGAGAUGGAACGCCGAGCCCUUGUGGCGGAGAUGAGAGCGUUGGAUGCGGGAAAGAGGACGUUGGAUGCGGAGAGGAAGUUGGCCGUGCUUGAAGAGGCUCGACUCCGGGGGAAGGUUGAAGAGGCGGCUAAAGUGCAGCCAUUAACAGGUAUCAUGAUUCCAGCAGGGUCGGGAUAUGGAGGCUAUGACAAGGGGGAGAUAGAGGACAACACGUUUGGAAGGAUGUGUAUGGGUAGAAAGCAGUACAGGGAAACUGCGUACGAACUCCAAAGUCGGAAACCCCUUGCUGCUUCUAGUUCGAGCAAGCACCUCGUGCCAAUUAUGGCGUGUAUCGACAGCCUCGAAAACGAGCGCGUCGAUUGGAUUUUUCCCUGGCCUAGCGGAACUGUGUCGAUGUUCUGGAUGAACCAGAAUCCCAACCCAAACUCUGAACGACUUGUGAAAUGGAUUCUGGAACAAUGCGAAGGACUUGCUGAUGCCGCAUCACUUCUGCUCAGUCAGCCGGAUUAUACGGUCAACGAGCUUAACAUUUGA